AUGAAGAAAGACCCAGAGCUUGAUCAGCUCCAUCACCACAACCAGCAGCAGCGAGACUUGGAAAUCCUCAAAGCCGUCGCUCAGGCUAUUUACAAUCAUUCCGGCAAUUCUAGGCCCAUCAGUGAAUUCGACGCUCAUCCUCGGAAUUUCAAGUGCAAGCCUUCAAGAUUUCAACCCCAGUCGGUGACCACCAAAUCUUCGACUAUCGAGGAACCCGGCGUUGCUCCCACCUGGGAUUUCAAUCAGUCGCUUUGGGACUCAUACGAGCUCGUCACUGUCUCCCGAAGGUUAGAGACAGGCUUAAGUCUGGAUACCGAUGACCCCUUUUCUGUCUCGAGUUUGAGUGGAUUCCUUAGGAGGCGUAGGCAGGAGAGUAACAAUAGCCUUAGGAAUCUGUUCAAUCAAAUGUCUUCUCGGAGAUUUAAUGAGAACCAAGUUCCACGCCAAAAUAAUAGUUAA